CCUCAUAGGCCUACAUAUAGUGCAAUGCUAAAAGAGCAGAGACACAAUCAACUUCAGUAAUUAACUUGAGUGAUUUCUAUUAGUGCAUUUUAAGUUUCCUUGUCAAGAUGGCUUUCAAUGAUGAUGAACAAAUCCCCGGAACCCUAAAUGUCGCCGCAGGAGAAGAUGAGUUUACAGUGGGAAAAGCAAAGCUGAAGAUCAUCAACUCGGCAACGGCGCCAGUGGACGAAAACAAUUUGAGGGUUCUGCUGGAGUUGACUGGGCUAGGGAACAGCAAAGAACGACUCGGCCUCGAUCUUGUCACCGUCUUGGAUGUGAGUGGCAGCAUGAGGGGCGAGAGGUUGGAGAAGCUGAAAAAAGCAAUGCAAUUCCUGAUCAAGAAACUUAGCCCUAUUGAUCGUUUGUCCAUCGUCACAUUCGGCACUCAAGCCCACAAGCUAUGCGGGUUGCGAGUGGUGAACGAGACUUCUCAAGAGGAAAUCAUAGAUCUUGUAAUGAAGAUGCACGCAGAGGGGUGGACUAACAUCACUGAUGGCCUUCAGACGGCCUUGAAAGUGCUCGAGGGACGCAGACUCAAGGAUGGGCGUUCAGUCGGCAUAAUGCUUAUGUCGGAUGGGGAGCAGAACAAAGGUGGGGAUGCUACCACGGUUAUGGUUGGGGAUGUGCCCGUGUACACAUUUGGUUUUGGCACCGCGACCAAUUCUAGAGGAGAUCCUAAGGCAAUGGCCGAUGUGCUAAAUGGUAUCGCGAAAAACAGCAAGGGGGGAACGUUUUCUGAUGUUCCGAAGACAGAUGGUUUGGGUAUUGCGUUUGCUCAGUGUUUGGCCGGGCUUCUGACUUUGGCUGUCCAGGAUUUGAAACUCGUCAUUUCGCCCGAAAACAAAUCCAAAGUGGAGAGUGUGUCUGCAGGUGACUAUGCACAAUCCGGGAACACCACCGCCGAACCUGCUGUAACCGUUGAUUUUGGUAAUUUAUACGACAAAGAAACGCGAAAAAUUAUUGUCGACCUUGUUCUCCCUAAGGUUGAGAAGGAGGUGUCCUCGCAAGUUCUAAAAAUCAGUUACAAGUACCUGAAUAGUACCAAGACCAGAGAACUCAAAUCCCCUCCUAUUUUCGCGAGCAUAAAGCGUAUAGGAAAAUCCACUCCAGUCCAAAAGGAGGAGGUCACCGUUGAAUCCAGCCGUAUCGAGACUGCACAGAAGAUGAAGGAGGCCAGAAUCUUGGCUGAUCAAGAACUCUACGACGCGGCCAAAAAUAAGCUGGUCGAAGCCCAGAACUUGCUCGAGGACGUCGAGAUCGACGGAGUUAACGCCUUGAUCGAAGCUCUAAAAGCAGAGCUCCAACAAUUCCUGAUAUUCUUGCAGUCACCCGAAACCUACAAAAAGAGUGGCCGUGCUUACGCACUAGCUGCCGAGCUCUCCCACGAACGUCAACGUCAUGCUGCUAAGGGUGACGCGGAAACGGCACCGUCAAUGUACGCAACUCCACGUAUGGAAGAGUACAAGAAACAAUCGGAAUCGUAUGAGCAAGGCAAGCCAGUGCCCACGGCAGCUGAGGACGCUAAGGAGGAGGCUCUCGCUGAUCCAAUCGGCCCCAUCUCCGGAGCACUUAGCCUCCAGAUUCAGAUUGCCAUUCAGGCCCUCAUGUCCAUUCAGAACAUUCUCGAUUCAGCAGCGCCCUAUUGAGCACAGACCACUACAUCUCCCGGAAUGAUGUAUUCGGCACCAUCUUGAACCUGCGAUUCUCGUUUUGUAUUUGCGUUAAAAUAAUCCAUCGAAUCCCUGUGGUGCGAUGUGAAUAGUUAAUGUGUUGUAUGUUUGUACUUCCUUGCUGUGAUCAGUCACACUUGUUUGCGAACUAAUAUUAUCUUUCUAUCAACAUUUUAAUUAACGUUAUAUUGAA